UAUCACAUUAACUCUCUCUUAAUUCUUCUUUUUAUACUUUAUCUACACAUACUAUUAAAAAACUAUAAAUAAUUUACACCCAAUUUGUAACUAUAUAUAUACACAACUCAUUUUCAACAUAGUACAGAGUGUGUUUUUGUUUUUUCUUCUCUGCCCUGCUUUUUGUUUCCUUCACAUAAAAACAAAAGGAAUAAUAAACGAAAACAUUGUCAUCGAUUACGUUAAUAUAUCUCAAUUCUCUUCUUCUUUUUUCAUAGAUCAUCGAAUUUCUGAUAAAUCAUUUUUACCUUGUAUUUUUGAUUCUUGAUCUAGAGUUGUGAGUUUAUUCUCUGGUGAAAGAUUCCUUUGUGCUUAUGCUACAAGGAGAAAAUGAACAAGUCGAGCUCUUGGAGCAUAUACAGUUCUAGAGAUGGAGAGAGUGAAGGGCCAUGGAGAUCGUCGACGUCCAUGAAUGCUAUCUCCUUUGGGUUUGUAGCAACGGCGAUACUCAUCUCCAUGUUCUUGAUCAUGGCCAUCUUCGAGCAUCUCUUCAGGCCUGAGAAUUCUUCAUUUGAUUCACCACAUCGGAUCACACAAAGACAGAGAGAUGGGUCCAUUCAGUUCCAGAAACUUGCUGAUCAAGCAUCCAUGGUUCCGGUGAAUACGGUGAUGGAUGUAUCGGUAGUGAUGCCAGGAGAGAAGCUGCCGUCGCACAUAGCUUUGCCGGCUCCGUUACCUUGUCGGAGAGAAGGCAUUCAUUGGCCUCUUCAGCUUUAAAUAUAUAUAUUACUAGCUAGCCUACUACUCUUCUUCCUUCCGUAAUUUUAUUUAUAUAUAUUUCUGACUCAUUGAGUAGAUUAGUGUGUUCGUAAUAUAUUCUAAUAUGCACUAAACGAGAUUUAUCGGCAGCUGAAAACAUUUCCUUCUUUUUCGUCUAAGUAGACACAUAAGUUAUCUCUCAUUGUACAUUUGUAGAUAUAUAUGCUUCUGUUUUUUCACUAGCAUUUUAUGGCUAGCUAAUCAAUUGGAAAUUGGAACAAAUUAAUCACUUUUAGACAAGGAUUUUGAACAGCUUAAAAAGUUAGAAUACAAUACUGUUUAUCCAUUACUAAAAAAGAGGUUUUAAUCCCACUAUACUAUACUACUAGGUUCAUCGAAGUGUAAUGAUCAUGAGUACGUGUGUAGUGUUGAGUACGACAAAGCUGAAUGAAUGAAUGAUUUACGCCUUCUGAUUAUUCACAUGUGCUAUUAACAAUUAUUUUCCAAAUGUAAUAAAAUUAUGGAACCAAAGUUACAAUUUAA